AAAUUGGUUGAAUAAUAUUAUGUUACAUAUUAUAAACGAUUAAAGUAAUAAUUUGUAGCCAAUAGCAUAAUUAUGAUGAGUACCUGUAUAGAUUAAAAAAAACCGGAGACUUGCACCUAUAGGCGUUUUUAUUAUUGCUAUUUUUAAUGUUUGUAAAAAACUGACUUGUCCGUUGUAGAUAAUUUUAACAUUAAAACUUGAGAAAUUUAUAUAAUUCUUUAAAUGUUUAGAACAAAAAUGUUUGUGUUUUUUGUCACUUGAUAUUCAUUAAUUUAUUUCACAAAAGAAUAAAAAGAUCACUAUACUUGGGAUAUAUAAAAAAAAAAAAUCAUAUAUCUACAUAGUACGCAAAUGUUAUAAUCAAAAUGAUGCAAAUUCGGCAAUAUUCACUCAUGAGAAGGGUUUCAUGCUGCGAUUUUAUCGUGUAUUUACUGAUUUUGUCAGAAUUGCAAAAUAUCACAUCACAAAAAAAUCUACCUAAAAAAACGGGAACUAAAUCUCCCGGUGUAGGCUUACACGUGUGUGUGAUCGUGCACGAGCGUGUGUGUGUAUACAUGUGAGUGCAUGUACGUGUGUGUGGUAUGUGUAUGCCAUUAUUGACUAGUACAUUUUUUUUUCGAAACAGUGGCUUCCCUUUCUAACUUCCAGGUUCUGUUUUUUCCAAUACUGUUUUUUCUUUAUUAUUAUUUUUUUAUGUUUUUUAUGUAAAUAAACUUGUUCGUGUCGUCUUUGUCUGUUUUUUCUUUCAUUUUACGUGUUCUCUUCGUGUAAAAUUAGCGACCAGUUGAAAUUCGAACCCGUAAUAUCUAGAUCUCCCGUCCACUGCUCGUUUUGCUCCGCGCCUAUGGAAAAAUACCCCACGAGAGGCGCAUUGUUCUUCUUUCGUAAAAAGAAACCUCCUCUACACUCCCACUACACAUAAUCCGUUAAGAGGGAUGACUAAGUACUGAAUAAGAGGCGAUGCUAGUGCGGUUAUGGUUGGCGGUAUUAAUGGCCGAGUUGUUAACGGUGAUCGCCUUCAAACCGCUGGAGGCAAAUUUAACACGCGAUGGACCUAUAACGAAAUCAAUGCUUGUUAUACCUCAUGAUUUCGAUCACAUUGUGCCAGUAACCAAAUCUCGAACAAAGUUUCACAUUUUGAUACCCCAAGACUCCGACCGAAAUCUGUCCGUGACCGUCACGCCGUCAUGCAACUCCGUGCUCAACUGGGACUUGAAGUUUAUACCUUUAACACGAUUUAACCAAACAGUUGUCAUAUUAUGGAAUAAUAAUAAGUCGAGUGAUAUAGGAAGGUUACUCAUAGAAUAUACGGGUGUAUCCAUACCUGUCACAUAUGAUCAUGGCAAAGCGAAUAGAGGUCUUUACGUCAUAUCAGCCCAAACGGAAACUGGUGACGAUUCAAAUGUUAUGUUUUACGUUGGGCUAAAACAAAAAUCACAAAAAAAGCAAUUCGGCUACCGUCCGAAUGGAAUAAGGAUCAAAAAAGGUGGUCAAAAAAUUUAUUUAAGAUGGAAUCUAAGCCAUAUAGAUCAUCAUUUAAUGAAGUACAGCCUUGUAGUCAGUUCAUCAAAAAUAUACACGACGAUUUGCGAAGCUGAACAUCGUUUGGAAGAAAAACAAAAGACAAAUUUUUCUUAUUCUGAUGAUGAUUUACGACUUGACGAUAGAUUAGAGAUACAUCAUCUGGGAUUUAACACAAGCUAUACAUUGAAUGAUUUAAUUUAUGAUGAAACGUACUAUUUUACUGUAUUUGUAUUGCAUGGACCUCAUAUAGCUACACAUCAUGCCAACGCUACAUACAAAUUUCAGAAGUCCAAACCCAUUGGAUUAAAAGAUGCAAAGCCCAGAAUGAUCAACCUGAGGGCUCAAAAUGGAAAAGCAUCCUUCAGGUACAAGGUAGGGAAUAAUAGGCAGUUGGAAAAUGAUGGCCCUCCCAAUACAUUAUAUUGGUACGUCAUGCCAUGCGAUGGGGUGGUAUACGUUGAAAUUCGUUGUCGAAAAACGUUAUUAAUAAAUAAAAGAGUUUUUGGUUACGAGAAAUUUAUCUUAAACAACACUAAGAUUGGAGAAAGAUACGUGUUAAAAGUGGAAUCCGUGUCUGUAGACGAGACUCAACGCAUCAGAUCAAUUGAGGUAAUGGCCACCGUACGACCAACGAUGAUUCAAAUGCCAGACAUGCCGAGUGAUCUAAGUAUCCAACAAUAUGUCGAACCGGAUGAUUGCCAAUCAGUAAAGAUCGGCUGGUUAUCAGCCAACUCAUUGACUGAUUUAAAAUAUUGCGUGUACGUACAGGAGAAUAGUAACAGCUUAGAAAGUUUAGAUUUUUCAGUUAAGCCAGAUCAGUGCAAAGUGCGGUAUGGCAAAAGUAGGAGGAGUGAUGCAUCUAAUAAUUAUCGGACGAAAACUCGAUGCUACAUUGGAGAAAAGGGGAUGGUUUUAGUAGAAAAGAUACUCAAGCUUAAACCAUUAACAACCUACACAAUUCAAGUUACAGUUACUAAACCAAGAGGAAGAACAUUAUCGUACGAUUUACUAAGGUUGGACACAAACUCGUGUGGGUUAAACUAAAAGACUAUUUGUAACACUUUUGCUGAAAACCAACAAAAGCUAUUCAUCCAUCAUUAUUGACAAAAAUGUUGACGAUCGGCAUAUUCGUUUCGUUAUCUUCUUCAUCCUGUAAAUUGUAAUCCUUCAUAGUAUUAUUACGUUUAAAUACUUUAUGUCGUAACUAUUUUGUAGAUUUUAUUAUUGUUACUAUUAAUUUUUAUUAUCUAUAUUUAUUGAAAAUAAAAUUGACUUCCAAGAACUUA